ACGCUUCUUAAAAGGUGGUUGUAUUGAUGUUUGACUGCUUUCACGAUCCGUACUCGGUAAAACAAAAUUACUUCCGUCUAUGGUGUUCUGUUGUUGUCAUGGCGGCGUUUCAAACUGUUGCCAACCUUGGACAAACAUAUAGAAAGUUAAUUUACCGUGCGCUUUAUUUUAAUUCCUUCAGUUAGCGACGAUGUAUGCAUACAUACUUUAUAAUACUUAUAUAGACUGGAAAAAACGUAGUUAUAAGCGAAGUAGAAAUGACUGGGAUUAACUCUAAUUCAGAAGCGUUGUUAGCUUGCUCAUGCUAACUCUCGUUAACGGUAUCGAGAAUUGUUUGGUAGUUUGACACAAGUUGGCGGUUGUUUUCAUUAUAAUGACUGCGCAGUUCUUGCAGGGUGGCCCCACGACUUCUGUAGGACCACAAAGUCCUGGAAGAGACUGGGUUGUUUUAGAUUCAGCCCGAAACGUUCACAGCGGUGGAGAUUUAAUCACUGGGAUGUCCCAAACCAAGCUAUUAUUCAAUGAAGCCGUGCCUGCAAGCGUCAGCAACCGCGCCACCCGUGUAGUUCCACCGGCCCCCAUUGUGAUUGAGAAACUGCUGCCGCUGUCAGAGGAGCGGGAGAAUGUGGACAGCACCAGGAGCUCAUUCAGCUUCACCACUCUCUCUGAGGAGAGGCUGCAGGCUGCGAUUAAGCUGGCCAAGAGAGAUCUGAGACGAAGGCACCUUGAGUCACUGAACAAAUCUCCUGCCAGACCCUCUCAAGAGGUCUCCCUCUUUGAAACAAGUGACGUGGAGCUGCUUCAGGAACUAGGAACCAACCCCAGUAAGACAAAGAUAAAGGCCUCCAGUCCAAAAGAGAAGGUGACCCGACCUGGAACCAAACAGUCAGAUAAAGCAUCCCACAAGCGUUCUAUUUCCCCCAAACCACGGGUCGGCCAGUCACCCCCGACCAGAGAUCCUGGCCCAAGGCCGUUGGAGGGAGCAGGCCAGCAAGCUCCAUUAAGCCAGGGGAUCCUCAAGCUGCAAAAUGAGCUGGAAGUUUAUAUCCAGAAAGUCGAAAAACUAGCUAACAGAGGGGAGAAAACGGAGGAGCCGCUGGAGCCUGAUGAGCAAAACAAGCUGGAGAUUCGCAGGCAGAAGCAGGCAGCCCGUUCGGCACGUACCAUCUAUGUUCUCCAACAACAGGUAAAAGAGAUAAAAGAAGAUAUAGAGAAGCUACGCAGCCAGAAAAUGUGGGAAACCAAAAAGUCCACGGCAAUAAACAGGCUCGCAGCAGCCCACCGUGGGACACUGAGGGCCUUGCAAGCUGUUAUCCACCAGCUUUCAGAUCUAUCUCAUGGCAAGGUCCCCCCUCAUUACAAAGAGUUGGGCCAGCUGAUUCGCCAGCUCUCUUUGUGCUCAGCUAAGAUAGAAGUUGACCAGGGUUCAGCUGUGCCUGAGACGACCCUCGACAUCCUGCAGAAACUAGAGACCUUGGACUCUGCCCUCAAUAAACAAGAGAUGCUGCAAAAGAUGCAAGCCCAAGCAUAUCCUCCACGCAGGAUGUCUCCUCGUCGCAGCAUGUCACCUACUAGUGCACACCAGGGUCCCAGCAUCUCAACUGUUCGAGGACCUCGCAAAUCAGCAAAUCCCAAGAGAAAUAUCCGGGGUAGGAGAAUGGUGCCACAGAAGCCCAAAACGACGACUUCUCUCCAACCCAUGAACAGAGCACAGGUGCUCAGGGCUGGCCUGGAGAGUCUCGCCCAGCAGAGGGAGCUGAGAGAGCUGCCGGGACAAUGUCAGACAAACACCACCCGCAGAAAAGGAGGGGCGCUACACUCUGAGAGGAGCAAGGCUGACAAAAUAAUGAAGCGUAAUCAAAUGCAAGAUGCAGGCUUCCAGCAGCCUACAGUGUCCUCUCGGCUUAGAGUGAACCAGCUCCCUCAAAAAGAGCUCUCUGUGCCCUGGAUGCCUACAUCUCCUCACUCUCCUCCUCCACACCGAUCUCCUCAGAGGAGGAGACCAGAGCCUCGAUGUCUCUUCUCUCCUGUGAGGCCCUCACCAAGCCCUCCAAGGCAGCAGGUGGCUGGCGGGUUUGGAGAAGAGCCGGGAUCAGAAAUGAAGAAACAAGCUCAGAAUGAAGCAUUAAGGAAAGCCUGGUUGGAUAAGAUGACAACGCAGAGACUGAAAGAGCUCAACCAGCUGAGUCAAGAAGAGGCUGAACGCAUUCAAAGAUUAAGGUCUGAAGUUGUCUCGCCAACUCAGUGGGCUGAGCGAGCUGAGCAGAAGGCCAGAGAGAGAAUUCAGCCUCUUCUGGAUGAAGCGCAGAUUGGUGAGUCUAGGAACAGGAUCAGCACCUCACUAAGGAAUAGACUGUCUGAGCAGGCGGCAGAGAGGGCAGCAGAGAGUGCUGAGCAGCUGAGCGAGGCCCUUCUGGAAGAUCUGUUGGAGGAUACUGCACGGGCGGCGUGGGCGGCUGAAGCAGACGAACAAUUGGAGGGCAUAGCCCAACAUAGGCUGCAGGCCCCCACCCUGGAGAGUAUGCUGCUUCGCAUGGAGGAGAUACAGAGGGAUCAGGAGGAAGUGAGGAGACGGUUUGCUUCCAUCACCUAUUCAGACCCUCUUUACUGGGACCGACCAGGGCCAGCAGGACCCCAGUGCCAUGUUUUGGGCUCCAGGCCAGCCUCUCCUCUGCCAAUUAGGCUCACAAGGCCAGUGCUGAGGCACAGCUCUCCAGCUGAUAUUGUCCUAGAGAAACCCGUGGAGACUGGACACAGUAUCCUCUCUGAGAGCAGCCUGACAGAGGAGGCAUCCCAAGAAGAGCAGCAGCUAAGACACAGCACCGUGUUCCCGGGUCCAGUGGAGAGAAGCAAAGAGACCGUUGUCUCUGUGCCGGGCAACAUGCUGAGAAGCAUCCGGAGGUACAGGGAAGACUACGAGGCCUACCUGCGCGUUGUGGCUCAUGAGGCCGUCGGCAGCUUUAACCCCUGGGCCAUCGCAGACAGCCUGGCAGAGGAGUUACUGUCGGAGGCUCUGGCUGACGUGGCAGCAGAGUUUCAGGACGUCGUUGAGGAGUACGCGGAGGCCGUCUUCACCUCAGAGUUCCUUCAGCCAACCCAGUCACCUCCCACUUCAGCUCCAGCUUUGGUCAGCCAAUAGGGUGUUACAGCAUCGAGGCUGCGGCAGUUUCUUACAAAUUGCUAUAAAAUGUAUUUAUUUUAGUGGAAAAUCUGCCCUUUGAGACUUUUAGUACAAAGGAUAUGAAAUAUCAAGGAUCCAGGUUCAUUUUGUCGACAAAGGACUGUGAUUAUUUGCUAUUUUUCUAGAGUUUUGUAAGAAUAACAAGCAGAUAUUUUAUUUUGCAGUGAAACUUAUUGAUUUAUGUAUUUAUUUUGUACAUAAAUCUGAAAAAGUGUUUAUGAAUCACUCCUUUGAUGUGACAACAUGGGAUUUUAUUUAAUUGUAAUUGUAGUUUUUUUUUAUUGAAGCUGCAGCGGACAAGACUGUUGAAUUACUCAGGGAGCUUUAGUCACAUUACUCUUUGUGGUCCAUCUGUACGUGUGAUUGAAUUCCACCAGGAAAGUUAGUUUAGUUUAGAUAAGCUUUGAGAGACCAUUACGACAUUACAGAGGAUUAUAAGAUUACUGCCCUCCCCUUGCACAUAGUUUAAAUCUCCCUGAGGAUUACUCACACUUUCUAUUUUCAUGGCGGAAUAUGGAAAUAAAUUAAUUACAUAUGGUUUCCAUCAGAAUGAUGUUGGAAGCUGAGGGCAUCAUAUGUAAAUCAGUUCCCUCUUGUGUUUUAAUGUCUCAAUAAAGGGUCUGAAUGCAACGAAGAGCGUUAUUUCCCCUCACUGGUUAAUGUGUUAUCCCAGUAAGUUAUGACCACUGUGAGGAGAUAGAGUACAAGAGAAAGAAGUGAUAUGUGCACAGACAUGAAGUCUCUCUUUUUUCCCUUUUGUUUUGGCACCAUUUUAUAAGGAUCUUCUCAGUCUGUAUGUGCACAAUUCAUGAGGACUUAAUUUCUGUUGCAUUCACCAGAGAGAGACCCACAAAAUACGGACACCAGUUUAUAUACUGUUGGGACUGACCUAAUGAAUUCUGCAUAGUAAUGGUGAAAUGUGUCAGUCCUGAAUGCAAAAUAAACGGGGUGGACUCGGCAGACCGAGCGAAUGCGCGGGCCCCCAGAGAACAACAUGAAAGCCAAGCAGACAGAGCAGAGGGGACACAUCCAGAUGUUGCGUCGGCCUGUGGGGACCAGCCUUUGACAGGGGACAUACAGUGACUGAAUGAAUUAGCUCACAUUGAAUCAGCUGCUCCUAUUUUCUCUCAGGCUUGGGUUUCUGCGUGGGCGUCUGAAUACGUGCAGGCUUUCACAGGCUCGGGCAAAUUUCUUCUUUUCGAUCUAGGACAAAAAGAAAUUGGUAGGCUCAAAACGGACAGAGUGUUGCAGUCUUUACUCUGACAUACAGAGCUGAGGUUGCGCUGACAUGGAGUAAUGGGAGACAUGAAAUGAUUCUGUUAUUAUUCAAGAGCAAAUUUCUAAUCAUGGUUCAGAAAUCUUAAAUGUGUCUGCCGAGAGACCUUUGAAAGACAAGAGAGGAUAUAUUUUCAUUUCUGCCACCUCAGCAGCUGCCACUUUGCAUUUGACUGUGAGACUGUGUUGUCAGCAAACCAAUGAACAGUGAAAUCUGUCCCCUUAAAUAUGUAUUUCUUUGUGGACAGUGAACAUUGUUGAGGUUUUGGGGUCACUGCUCCGCUAUUGAUUUUUCAGGAUGAACUCUGACCAUGCACUAAGAGAUGUUACAGAAUUAGCACUGUUUUGCACAUAAUUAUAAUUUCUAAUGAUCAGAGUGGUUCGACCUUGCCGCUAGCCUGCACCCACUCAUCGCGGCUUAUUUCACAACUGGAGAGGACACAGAUGACUGCGGUGUAUUCAUGAUCCAUUGAGGGGGCAUUUUGCCAUACAGGUACAGUCCAUCAAGGCUGGUUUGUGACAUUUAGGUUGCUUUCAAAACAUUUUCAGCUGAAGCGUGGUACUUACGCCAGAUGGAUAUGAAAUCUUAUGGCUUUGUAAGAGGUUAUUACUCACGGCUGCUGUUCUCAAGGGAUUUUCUGUUGGAGCUCAAGUGUCAGAGUGAUGAUUUCAGCUGAGAUGCUGGUCAUCUCUGAGGGAUGUGUCAUGCAAAUACUGGCAUUGUUUGGAUUUUACACGCAACAUUUCCCAUUGCAAGUUCCUUUUAGACAAUUUAUUUUGAGGCUUGGUUUGCUCUCUGAGAUCUCAUUAAACACCUGUGACUGCAUCAUUUGCUAAAUAAAAGCAUAAUUCAGUCA